UACGGACAGAUUGACCAUUAUAUGUGCAUUUUUUCUUACACCAAUUUCUCCUUUUUCAUUUCUCUCCUCUGUCAAUUUUAUGGUAAUGUGAGCUUCUGGGCUGCAAGAUUUGAGCUUUUCUUCAUCUGGGCUGCUGAUAAUUUUGUUGAAGAUGGCUAAAAAUGGUUUCUUUUCGAGAUUGAGGAGAGUGGAUGACUUGUCUCAUGAGGUUCAUGUGUUGGCUGUGGAUGACAGCCUUGUUGAUAGGAAAGUCAUUGAGAGGUUGCUCAAAAUCACUUCUUGCAAAGUCACAGCAGUGGAUAGUGGGAGGAGAGCUUUGCAAUUUUUGGGAUUAGAUGAGACUGAAAAAAACUCUGUUGCUUUAGAUGGAUUAAAGGUGGAUCUGAUAAUCACAGAUUACUGUAUGCCUGGAAUGACAGGCUAUGAGUUGCUGAAAAAGAUUAAGGGUUCAUCAACUUUUCGAGAAAUCCCAGUUGUAAUCAUGUCUUCUGAAAACGUUUUGACUAGGAUUGACAGAUGUUUGGAAGAAGGUGCUGAAGAUUUCAUAGUAAAGCCAGUGAAACUGUCUGAUGUCAAAAGGCUAAAAAAGUGCAUGUUUGGAGAAGGGUUGGGGCUUAACAAGAGGAAACUAGAAGGGCAUUGUGAUGUUGCAAUGCCAAGCCCAACGCCGUCUCUAGACGAAGACAACGUCUCAUCAAGCCGGUCACCUCCAUCGCCUUGCUCACCGAGAUCAUUCUCGUCCCUGCCUUCAAGCCCAACUUCGUCCACACCCCUCGACUCUCCAACAAGGAGGUUCGAGGCCAGCAGCGAGAGCUGAGAAUGUGCGUUAACGAAUCGAAUAGUAUAGGACGAGCAAGACCGCCCUCGUUGAUGAUGUAAGGUGUUUUUUUUUCCAGUUUUGUUAUGAUCACAUCACAAAGUCAGGGGAAUGUUACUAGCACAGAGUUGAGAGAGCAAGCAAGAGAUUGACUUUUGUGUUGAUGGUGAAAUGUGGUUUGGGAUUAAGAAAAUUGUUGGGUGACAGAUGCAUUGUGGUUGGCAUUGAAUUGAAUAUAUAUGAAUUGGGUUUAUUAUAAUGUGA